AUCCAUAUCACUCACCAUGGGCGUCCUUCGUCUUCCUCGUCCUACUGGCAUCUACGUGCCCAGUUCUCCCACUCGCACCCUUACUGCCGACAUGAUCUCCCCGCCUCUCUCCCCCAGCUUCAACUUUGACUCGGAGACCGUUACUCCCUCGGUCAUCCCUGCCCUCGAGUACAUCUCCUCCAAGCUGCAACAGAAGAUGAUGCAUGUCACCUUGCUGGUGGGCCGUGGAAAGCCCUAUCCCACCGGCCAGACCUCCGAUCUCAUGGUCAUCCCCAUCACCCAGCUGGACCCUCAAUCUCAAGCAUGGCGAACCCUCCACCGCACCAUCGCCAAGGGAGCGAGGAAGUUCUCCCUGGGCCAGAGCUGGGCUGAUGCCCUGACCCGCAGUCAGCACGAGCGACACGCCAACGAGUACCUCAUCCAGCAAUCCAUCCUCCAGAACGAGGUCAUCUUCAGCAGCGAGGGCUUGACCCUGCUCAACGUGGACCGCAUCUACACCUUCAAACGCAGACUCUGCAUCCUAUCCAACCGCGACCAUGCACCCCAAGACGCAUACAUCUCCUCCUGCGUCACCCUCCUUCACCGCACCAUCCUCGACUUCCAGGGCCGUCCCUUCAGCAAGGCCUUCUUCCACCGCGUCUACGAACAGCUCGACGUCCGCGAUGACCUCCUCGCCUGCGUGGCGGCAGAAUACAAACUCCAACACGGGCAAGAAGGCAUCGUGCUACCCCCGCGCCCCAGGGCAGAAAUGCAUGUGCGGAAAUCCCCGAUUCGGGCAACUCGCGUACGCCGACAGCAGCCCCCUCCGCCGAAAUUCAUCGGGGGACCGACAAAGCGAGGGCCCAAGACGCCCCUGUCGGCAUCGGAUGUGACGCCUAUCACGAGGAAUGAGUGGAAUAUCCUGGUCGGGUCUGAGUUGCACAAGAUGCAGCCGACUGUUACCAAGUGGACGCCGUCUCCGACUGUCUAUGCGAUUGCGUGAACUGUUUGAUGUUAUAUGGCAUAUGAUAUAUGAUAUAUGAUUAAAAAAAAUCCAGCAGAGUCUGUGAUUACACUACGCCACGGUCGUCCCGACAUGAG